AUGGAAUAUAAUAGUUCUUCAGAUGAUGAAUGGGAUUCAUUUUUAUUAGAGAGCCCGAUCUUCAAAUCACGGAAAAGAUAUUGGGUGCAUGAACUUUGGCAACAACGAGAUGAUAGUGGCGAAUUUCAAAAUGUGUGCACUAUUAUAAAAAAUUACCCAUCAAAAUUUUAUAAUUACUUUCGUAUGGAUAUAUCAACGUUUGAAUAUAUUUUAAAUGCCAUAAAAAACGAUUUGACAAAAUAUUCAAAUUUUAGACGCUGCAUUGAGCCCGAAGAAAAAUUAGCUGUUACUCUCAGAUAUUUAUCAACUGGUAUGUCAUUUCGAGCAUUAGCACUUUGCUUUAAAAUGCAUAAUACUACGGUUGGUGCAGUUGUAUAUGAAGUAUGUGACGCAAUAUGGAAUAGACUAUCGACAACACAUUUAUCUAUUCCAACUCCAGAAGAUUUUUUAAGUAUAGCAAAUGAAUUUAAUGUGAAAUGGAACUUCCCACAUUGUAUUGGCUGUAUAGACGGAAAACAUAUACGUUUACGAAGUCCUACUCACUCUGGGACUAUGUAUUAUAAUUAUAAACAUUUUUUUUCCAUCGUACUACAAGGUGUAUCUGAUGCCAAUUAUAAAUUUAUAUUUGUUGAUGUUGGAGCGUACGGAAAACAAAGCGACGGAGGAACAUAUGCAUCAUCAACUUUGUCAACUUUUAUAAAUAAUGAAAAUAAUCUACCAAAAUCAUCUAAUUUGGAGGGAACAUCUGUAGAAGUACCGUUUUUUAUGUUAGGUGAUGACGCUUAUCCAUUAAAACAUAAUAUUAUGAAACCCUUUUCUAAACGACUAUUAUCAAAAGAAGAACGUAUUUAUAAUUAUCGUCAUGCUCGUGCCCGUAGAUGUGUAGAAAAUGCUUUUGGAAUUAUGGUAUCAAAAUGGAGACUCUUGCAUAAACCCAUUGAAACAACAGUAGACAAUGCAAUUAAAAUAGUUCAGUGUAUUUGUCUUUUACAUAACCUUAUAAUAGAUAAAGAAGGGCAAUCAUGUGCACAAACACUAAUAUCUGCUGCGAGUUCGUAUGAAAACGAUAGAAAUGAAAAAAAUGUAAGGACAAAUGUAAUAAGACCAUUUAAUCGGAGUUCAAACUUGGCGACUUUCGUAAGAGAUACAUUAAAAAAUUAUUUUAUUAGUCCUAUAGGAUCGAUUUCAUUUCAAGAACAGUAUGCAAACGUUCAAAAGUAG